UAGAGUGCCUUAUGAUUUAAGUUAAGCUUUCAUAACAGAUUUGAUUUUGCGGGAACUAACUCUCUCUCUCUCUCUUCGCGUUAGCGACUGUGUAGUAAAAAUGUCCGACAACGAUGAGCAUGCAGCAGAGUAUACGGAUGGUGAAUCGCCUCCGAAGCUGAAACAGAGGUUCAGAGAUAGAUCUAAGGAGAUGCUGUCAAAACAAGCUGUGCAGACGAAGCAAAUGCUUUCCAAACAAGCCGUUAAGAUUGCCAAACAGGCUGAAGAACACGAAAGGUUCAUUAACAAGGUGACUCAUCUUUUGGGGGUUCUUGGCUUUGGUGGGUUUUGCUUCCUCUUGGGGGCUAGACCCCAAGACAUUCCCUAUGUAUAUUGUUUGUUCUAUGUCAUUUUUGUUCCUCUUCGUUGGAUAUACUAUAGGUUCAAGAAAUGGCAUUACUAUCUACUGGACUUUUGCUAUUAUGCCAACACAAUCUUCCUGGUUGAUCUUCUUUUUUAUCCAAGGAACGAGAAGCUUUUCAUGGUUUGUUUUUCUUUUGCUGAGGGGCCAUUAGCAUGGGCUUUGAUUGUUUGGCGCUGCAGUUUGGUUUUCAGUUCUGUUGACAAAAUUGUCAGUGUUCUUAUCCAUCUUUUACCUGGACUGGUUUUCUUUACCAUUCGAUGGUGGAAUCCUGAAACCUUUGAAGCCAUGCGUCCAGAGGGAACUGCUCAAAGGGCUACAUGGCCUUAUGUUGAAGAUAAAUCCUUUCUUUGGACAUGGCUGUUUCUUGUGCCCUUAGUAGCUUACACUUUGUGGCAGGUUCUAUAUUUUCUAAUCGUCAAUGUCUUACGCCGACAAAGGCUACUAAGAGAUCCUGAAGUCAUGACUUCCUACAGGGAACUCUCGAAAAAAGCUCAGAAAGCAAACAACAUAUGGUGGCGGUUAAGUGGGUUGCUAGGGGAUCAAAAUCGGUUGCUAAUGUACAUUUUUCUUCAAGGCAUAUUUACUGUGGCAACCAUGGCUCUUACUGUCCCCAUAUUCUUCUCAUAUGAAUUGCAUGUAGUUUUCCAAAUACUCAAGGUUUCUGCCUCAGUAUGGAACGGAGGAAGUUUUUUGUUAGAAGUAAUGCCUAGACAGGCAAUUCUCAAGGAGAAAAAGAAAUCAGAGAUGCAACCACAAUCAUCAUUAGUUAUGGAAAAUGGUCGCAAGUUAAACAAUACUGUUGAGAUAUCUGACUCCUGACUCACUGAACUAUCCACAUAUUUUGUUGGAGUUGUGAUUGUAUUUGUUUAAUUGAUAUGGUUCGGAAAAUACGAGUUGGGUGGGAUAUACAAAGCAUAUUUCUCUCUCGUCUCAUUCAACAUACAUUCCUUCAAUUGGAUACUUCGUAGUUUGUACAACAAAGUCUUGUGAGUGUCCAUAUUUGUUUGCUGUAGUUUUUUCUUUUCGCUGUAGAAUUUCAUUUAGCCGAAGUUUCACAAUAGGAUUUGUGGAUCUGUUUGUAAAUGUUUCAUUCUGCUUUCUAUUUAUGCUUCCACACCUGAAACUCCUUUUCAGAUAAAAGAAACGUGAUUUUAU